UUUUACUCACCAAUCCCACAACUCAUUCUCAAAUAUUCAUUUUGUCACCAAUCACAUCUCAUUUUUCUAAAUUCUUGUUUACACACUCUCAUUAAUUUAUUACAUUCCAUAUUGUAAUUAAUUCUUCGUACGUAUCCAUGAAGAGACAGAGAGAUUUCAAGGGGUUUGAGAGCAUAGAUUUGGCAAAUUGUCUAAUGAUGCUCUCUCAUCCCCAACAAAAUGAGAAACUACUUCAAAAAAAAAUUGAGGCUGUGGAAUUUGAGUGCAAGACAUGCAACCGCAAAUUCUCUUCCUUUCAAGCAUUGGGUGGCCAUAGGGCUAGCCACAAAAGGUCGAAACUUGAGGGAGAUCAUGAACUCAAAGCACAUGCUAUAUCUCUAAGUUUGGCAAACAAACCCAAAAUGCACGAGUGUUCCAUUUGUGGACAAGAAUUCUCAUUGGGACAAGCACUUGGGGGUCACAUGAGAAGGCACAGAACAACCAUCCACGAAGAUUUUUCUUCAAUAAAACAGGUUAUUACACAAAUGCCUGUUUUGAAAAGAUCGAAUAGCACGAGGGUGGUUACGUGCUUGGACUUGAACCUAACACCGCUUGAGAACGACUUGAAGUUGUUGUUUGGAAAGAUGGCACCGAAUGCUGGUGCCUUUGCCUGAUUCUUUAUUGUUAUCAGUUUUGUGAUCAACGCUGAUUUGUAUUUAGUUUUUUUUUUUUCUUUUUCGGGGUGAGAAUUUGUAUUUAGUUAGUAGUCCUGUUUUUGAAGUCUUGUAGUGUAUUCUUUAAUUUUUUUUAACGUGAGAAUUGGUUUUUAUUUUCUUCACAA